AUGGUUAACGUCAGUGCCUCGACUCGGACAAGACACGAAGAUGAGGAGGCCAGGGUCAGGUCAGAGGGUGGUCGUGACGAACAGGCCACUGGUAACAUACUACCAAGUUUUGGUGCGGAUGUAGAAGGUGCUUUCAAAGAAGAAUUAGCACGGUCUACACCUCUGCUUAGCCAGCUUUGCUGCACACUCGUCAUCUGGCUUCAUCUACGCGCUGGCAUCAGCCGUGCAACCUCGAACGUCAUUCUUCGCUCGCUGAAACUCAUCCUCGCCACGACCUUUACUAUCAUCAGAGUUGCAGCCCAGGCUGCCAUGGGCGUUACAAUCCCACUCACGUCACCCGAUAUCCCGGUUGAUGUUCGCACUGCUCUGAAGCAACGCCUCAUUGAGCCCGUGAUACUCCGAACGAUCUGCUGCCCUAGAUGUUUCUUGGUUUAUGGGAGUGCUGCACCCGAGCAGUGUACCUGGCGAGAGUCGCCGCGAUCGCGGGUGUGCGCUACAUCGUUAUGGACCACACGCAAUACGAGCCAGGGCCCUAAACGUGUACCCAGAUGUCUAUACACUACCCAAUGCUUCGAUGACUGGUUGCGCUUUUUUCUCGGGCGGCAGAUGAUUGAAGAUGCCCUUAUCAGGUCCUUUCAGCUGUACCGCGAUCAUCGCAGUGAUGUUGAUGGAGAUGUACAUGAUGUACAUGAGAGUCGGGCCUGGCAUAAGCUGCAUGGCGAGUUCUCAAACCCAUACAAUCUUGUAUUCGGGAUCUACAUCGACUGGUUCAACCCACUUACAAACCGCAUCGCGGGAAAGAAGGUGUCCUAUGGUGCCAUAGUCUUAUACUGCAUGAACUUGCCACCAGAGCUGCGCUUCCGACCCGAGAAUGUUUACAUCGCUGGUAUUACUCCGGGCCCAAACGCUCCCAACAUGAUUACGAUCAGUCACAUACUUGAGCUAUUAAUCAACGUUGUUUCUCGCUAUACUUCCCCUGGCCAUCAUGUACCUACCUUCCACCAUCCGCAGGGCAUGCUGAUUCAACUAGUUCUUGCUCCGCUCAUCGCCGACAUCGAGGCCGUGCGUAAGACUGCGGGCUUUAUGUCUCACUCUGCGAAUCUGUUCUGUUCGUUCUGUGACUUGCCUUCGCAACGCAUCGAGGAACUCAAUUCAUCAGCCUGGACAGAGCGCUCUGCUCAAACAGUACGGGCACAGGCUGAGCAAUGGCGUAGUCUGGUAACCAAGAAGGCAAAGAGCGAGCAGGCUACCAGCACCGGUGUUCGCUGGACACCCUUCUAUCUCAUGCCAUCGUGGAAUCCAAUUGAGCACGUCAUGCUGGGAUACAUGCAUAACUGGAUCGAGGGCAUCCUCAAACACCAGCAGCGUCGCCUGUGGAAUAUUGGGCCAGAUAAGGAGAAUGUGGCUGACACAGUGGAGUCGCAUGCAUCUGAGGCCUCCGAACUCGAGUCCGACGCCAGCAGCGACACUCAUUCGCUCAAUGCUGUCUCUGAUGUUGAGAUGCCACCUUCGUCCUCUACCCCGUCUGGUGGCAGUACACCACGUGCAUCACGCUUUACACUUCUUCCCGACGAUCUCGAGGACGACUCGGACAGCGAUUCGGAUGACGAACUCGAUAUCACCGUCAACUUCGGACCAGCUCCGACAUCUUCGCAUCCACCAUUCCAUUUUACUGCCGUGCAGUUGUCAUUGAUCCGGAGUGUAAUUGCUCUUGUCACUCUUCCGACAUACCUUGAUCGGCCGCCUACGAAUCUUGGGGAGGCUAAGCAUGGGAAGCUUAAGGCUGAUACAUAUUUGACUCUGUUUGCCUUUAUCUUCCCCCUCAUCAUUCCCGAGUUAUGGUGGGCUUUUCCAGCCUUAUCCUAUGAGCGCCAGCUGCUGGACAGCUUCUACCAUCUUAUGGUCGCAACUUUUGUCAUCAUCUCCUAUGUGACCUCGGUGCAUGAUCGCACACUAUUUUCCUAUCACUACAUCUCUUAUCGCCGCUCCAUUCAGGAGCUCUUCCCUGUCGGAUCACUUCCCAAUCACCAUUACGCUAUGCACUACCCCGGCAUCAUGGAGAACUGGGGACCAGUCGCUUCGUUGAGCGAGUUUGCGGGCGAGCGAUUGAACGGUCAGCUUCAGAGGACCAAGACGAAUCGUCGCAUGCGUGAUAUGGAUUUCACCAUGCUGCGACAAACAGCGAGACGUGCACGCCUACAAGCAUUGCUACAUGACACGACUCCGGACGAUAGCACUUCGGGCUUGACAGCCAUCCUCACAGAAGCCGACCCCGAUGCUGAGCACACUCGCACCGCCAAUGCAGCUUCUCAAGUACCUGGUAAUACUCUCACAUCGUACCAACUGGCUCAGUUUCUGGUUGCUGCACCCCUACUCGACGAAGCCCAUUAUGUUCUGAUCCUCCGUCAUGUCCAAACCUACAUCCGCCCAUUCCAACCAUUCGAUCAACUCCCCGCGCAACCCGAUAUCCCCAUUCUUGCCCCGAAUGCUAAGCGACCUCGCACACUCGUCAUCAACAGGCGUACCUAUAGCGAUAUGGUCCAGCACAGAGGCAACAGUGCUGUUCAGUACCGCGAUCCAACCAGCAAUGUUCGUCAUUCUGGCUUCAUACAGGCUAUCCGGGUCAUACCGCUGGAACACCAACUUCGUACAUUCGUAUUGGUCUCCCCCCAUGCACCCCUUCCUGAACACGAAUUCCUCCGUACACCCUAUGCUCACUACAAACUACUCAGAACCACCAUCUUCGAUGCUGCACCCUCUCCCACCUUGAUCGUACUCGAGCCCAAGGACAUCAUCGCUCAUGUUACCACCUUGCUGCGCCCCAUGGGGACUUACGGAGUUCCCCGACAGACUCUCGUAGUCUGCUCGUCUCUCGAUCGUGGCCUGGUGUAG